AUGUUUCUUCAUAUUGGAGUGGCUCUCAUUUGCUUAAUUUUUUCAGAGGACAACGGUGACGAGGGCGAAAGCAGCAGUGGAGUUAGACCAAGCAUCAUCUCUGUUGACGAAGAUAGCGGCGACGAUAGCAACAGCGGAAACGGAGACAAUGGUAAUGAUGCUGAUGAUGACAUCAACGACGGCGAAGGCAAAAGUGACAUUGACGGCCGAGGUGAAUACUUGGAUGAUGGCAAUGCUGUUGAUGACGACAUCACCGGAGACGACGGAGAUAGCGACAACGCUGAGGUUGGUAACCAUGUUGACGAAGAAGACAAUGCUAACCACGGUGACAACACAGCGGAUGCUUUUUGA